AUGUUCGCUGCAAGGACCGACAACAAUGGCUGGGAGCUGGAGGAGUUCUUCGGCGAGUUGAAGCAAGAGGGGCUCUCGCAAAAGCGGAGGAGGCCACACGAGAACAGGCAGUCUUGGAACAGGCCACACCGCGACCACUUCGAGCAGGUGCCAAGGGAGCCCUCCUUACUGCUUUCUUUAGCAAGACAAGUGAUCCGACAGGAGGAAGAGAUCAAAAUUCUUCGUCAGGAUCAUGCUCUGGUCUUCUUCUUGAAACCAGGCGAGCACAACAUGCUGUGCCACCUUUAUCGCACAGCCCAGCAAUUCCAGAAGAAACAGAGCGAAAACCCGGGAUGGGCACCGGGACAACAGCCUCUGAAGGCAGUCAUGGCGGUUGCUCUCUUCAACGAGCUGGGCCUAAGGUUGGACCGAGCCUGCAAGGAAGAGGACUUCACGCAAAAGGUCAAGGAGCUGGGUUGGAGGGAUCCAGCAGUCGGCUGGAAGUUCCAGUACUGGGACCCGACGGUAAAACAUUUGGUCGAAGACAAGUCCCGAAAGCCGCUGACGGACCAAGAUGUGGCCACGCAUUUGAAGAAACUCACCCAGCUACUGCUGCUCCCAGACCUGGUGCACCGUUUCGGCUGCAAGCGCCGGCUUGCCGAAACGAUGGAGGGAACCACCACCUUUCUGAUGGACCUCUCCACCCGAACCCCCCAGAGUUUGGAUGCUUGGGGCUCGCUACUGGCUCUUCAGGGGCUGAUUCUCACCAACCGUGGCAAUGCCUGCUACAUGAACUCGACCGUACAGGCUCUCUAUUGGCUUCUACUACUUCAGCCAGAACGGCUGGCUACAAUGGGGGCAGGCCGUACGUUCUUCCAAGCAUUGCAGACUCAUCAUUGUCACAAUCCCAAGAAUCUUCUGAAGGACAGGCACUGGCGUGCUUUGAUCGAGGGGUGGCGAGACCAUCACAGGCAACAUGACGUCGUUGAGUUUUUCGCUUUUCUAUGCCAGACACACGAUAUUUGCUUGUUUCAGGGGAAGUGGGAGUCUCGACGACUUUAUCAGGGGCAACUCCAAGUGCGAGACUGGGGGCUAUGUACUCAGCCUGUCACAUUGUCAUUGCCACGUACCCCUCCAGGAUUAGACGUGACCAUUCAGGUACAGUCGCUCUUGGAUUAUUGGUCUGGGGCGCAAAGGGCGGUUCACGCCUUUUCGGCUCCACCCCCAGUACUGGCCUUGCAAGUGGAAAGAUUUAGUACAAUCAACGAGCGCAUCAUCAAGCGAAGGGACCCCAUCGAUGUGGAUCGCGACCUGGUGAUCCCCAUUUUUGCAGGCGAGCAGAUGUAA